UUUUCUCAUUGAUUUUCUGUUGUUUUUUUUGAUUGAUUGUUUUAAUUGUUGGUGUUGAUUAACAAUUUGAUGAUUUAAUUUAAUUUCCAUUAUGACAGAUAAACAUAGUGUUGUUCUUGAGUUUGGCCAUCGGUAUACUAAAUGUGGAUUCGUUCAUGAAUUAGCUCCAAGAGCUAUAAUCAGAACAAGUGUACAAGUUAAUCAGUUUAGUAAAGAAAUUGAUUUACUUGAUUUAACCGGAGAUGAACUUGAUCAAGGUUUUAAAUCAAUUAUACAAACAAUUUAUUUCCAAUAUUUGGGUGUUAAUUAUAAGGAGCGUAAGGUUAUCCUAAUUGAGACCUUUUUCACCCAGACAAAUGUUAGACGUUCUUUACUUAAUGUUCUUUAUCAUCAUUUUGAAGUACCUUCUUUGUUAAUUGUUCCACAUCAUUUGAUGGCUUUAAUUCCUUCCAUGAUUUCAACUGGAAUUGUUCUUGAUAUUGGUUGGAAAGAAGCAAUUGCUGUACCCGUUAUCGAAGGAAUUACCUAUACCAAUUCAGUUAAAUUCUCAUCUUUAGGUGGUAAAACAAUAAACGAAAGGAUUAACCGUGAACUUAUUGAGAGAAGAGCGAAAAUCAAGAUAAAUGGUGUUGAAAAAAUUUACGAACAAUCUGAUUUAUUGGAUGAAUCAGUUUUAGAGAAUAUCAAAGUGAAAACUUGCUUCAUUUCUCCAUUUGAACGAGGACAAUUAAUGUUGGAAUACAAAGCUGGCCUAAGAGAAUCUCUUUCGAAUACACCUAAAGACGUUGAAUUUCAUAUCGAUCGAAAUAAAACUCUAAUCAUUCCCGGUGGUUUACGAGAAAGUGCCUGUGAAAUAUUAUUCGAAUUAUAUGGAGAAGAACAAACAGUUGCCACACUUAUAAUCGAAGCAAUAAUGUCCUGUCCCAUUGAUUAUCGUAAAAUAUUAUCUUCCAAUCUGAUAAUCACCGGUGGAACCACAAUGUUACCUGGAUUCAAGCAUAGACUGAAAGAGGAGUUAAUUUUUCUCGUGAAAAAGAUUGAAAAAUAUUCAUCUAAGAUUCAGAUUGACAGAUUUCUAUUUCAUCCUCCCCUGUGUAAAGAAAAUUACAUUUCCUGGUUGGGUGCAUCCAUUUUUGGAUCAACCGAUGUGGUGACAACUCGAGCAAUUUCAAGAGACAUUUACCUAAGAACCCGAGGCUGUUUUACCGAUUGGUCUGAAUGGUGGCCUCAGAUAGUUAAUUAACUUCGUGUAUUGGAUUAAAUUAUUUACUUCUCUCUCUCUCCACAUUUACAUAGGUGGAGAAUUAAUUUAUAUAUAUAUAAAUAUUCACACAACAAUCAGUAA